AUGACAGAAUGUGCAUAUGGACAUUUAACUGUUUACCAAUUAUUAGAAGUUGGAAAUUAUUUUAUUAGAACUAAUGAUUUUUUUAAUUUAAUGAUGGUAUGUAAAAAAUUUAGAACAUUAACAGAAUUAUAUAAAUAUAAUCCUAUAGAUGAUUAUCAUAUCUUUCCAAAUAUUAUAGAACAACGUUUUUAUCAUCGUCUUCCAAUAUUUUUAAGAGAAGAAUCAUUUAGAAAAAAACCUAAAAUGAAAAAAUAUACAAAUGUUUAUCUUACAUCUCAUUUAGAAGCAUUAAAAUUAAAAAAUAAAUAUGGAAUUGAUUCAAUUAAUACAAUAUAUGAUAAUGUUGAUUGUGAACAUUUUGGAAUGAAAAUACCAAAUCAUAUUCAUAGACUUGCUGAUAGAUGUUUUCAAAAUGGAAUGGCACUUGAUAUUACAAAAUAUGUUAUGCCAAAAACAAUUUGGACUAUUGGACAACAAUGUUUUUUAGGAUGUCCACAUUUAAAAGAAGUAGAAUUUACUAAUCCAUGUUUUUUUCUUCCACCACAUGCAUUUGAUACAAUGAAAUCACUUACUAAAAUAGUAUUAAAAGGAAUAGAAGUAAUAGAACAAAAUACAUUUGAAUGUUGUGAAGGACUUAAAGAAGUAUUUAUUCCAACUACUGUUACAAAAAUUGGAGAUUUUGCAUUUUCAGAAUGUAGUUCAUUAAUUCAUAUUAAUAUUCCAACAACAGUUUAUUCUAUAGGAACACAAUGUUUUUAUAAAUGUAAAUCAUUAGAAGAAAUUAUUGUUCCAUUUAAAAUGAGAAGUAUUCCUCAUAUGUGUUUUGCAUAUUGUAAAUCAUUAACUAAUAUUCAAUUUUCUCCUUUAGUUACUUCAUUUCAAGAUGGUGCUUUUUUAUAUUGUUGUUCUCUUAAAGAUAUAAAAAUACCAUUAGGAUUAACUUCUAUUGGAGUUUCUUGUUUUAUGGGAUGUAGUUCAUUAAGACCAAUAUCAUUUGAACUUAAAAAAAGUAUAAAAAAAGUUGGAAAAGAUUCAUUAUUAUUUAAUAUUAAAGAAACUGAUAUUAAAAAAGAAGGUGGAAAAAAUGGAAGAAAUUUUAUUGAUAUUUCAUUAUUUCAUUUAGAUUCUGAUUCUGAAUAUAUAAUGAAAAAUUCUAUUAUUACAGAACCUAUUCCUAUAAACAAAAUUUAUCCAAAAAUUAAUUAA